AUGGCGGACGAAUUAACGAUCAAAGUCGUCAGUAGCACGUCCGAGAGUCUACUAGUUCGCCUCGACCUAGCCUCGGCCUCCGUGCUGUCCCUCAAGCAGUUUAUUGAACAUCAGGAUGCACAUCGGUUCCCAGUGGCCGCUCAGCGUCUGAUUUUCCAGGGCCAGAUCCUGCAGGACGCCAAGUCCCUGACCGAGUACCACGUGACUACCGGCUGCGCUCUCCACUUGACGCUAUCGCCCAAUGGCACGGCGACAGCCACUGCUGCUGAAACAUUUCCACCACAUUCCCAGCUGACGACGUUUCUGCAGCAAAUGAGAGACGGCGAGUCAAGUGACGCUUACGCGUUGGCCGUGCGGACCUUGCAGAAGAUUUGCGUAAACAUUGUGGACCACCCGACUGAAGACAAGUACCGGAAGCUGCGGGUGGAUAAUGCCGCGCUCAAGGAAAAGCUAUUUGACCGGACGCGUGGACGGGACAGUGUUCACUUGCUAGGGUUUCAGGACGGAGUGCUGGCGGGACACUUGGUGCUUGUGCCGACGCCAGAGAAGUGGGAGAACUUGAUGGCGUGCAAGAACGUGUUGGAUUCCGUGGCCACGACGCUGGCGGGAAACGCCACACCAUUUUUUGCCUCAGGUGGCGGUGCGACUACCUUAACGAGUGGCGGGGGAGACUUUGCAUCUCAAGCACAGUCGUUGCUGCAGAACCCAACGAUGCUGCAUUCUAUGGCGAGCAACCCCUUGAUGCGGCAAUUGAGUCAACACAACCCUAUUCUGACCCAGGCUUUGCAGAAUCCGGCGUUGCUGGCGCAGUCCAUGCAGGCUCUGCAGCAGAACCCAGCAAUGAUGCAACAGAUCAGCCAGAUGGUGAGUGAUCCGAAUGCAAUGGCGCGCAUGCAGCAGAUGAUGGGAGGAGGCGGCAUGGGCGGACUCGGCAGCGUCGGUAGCUUUGCAUCCAGCGGACCGGCAUCGUUAUCCGCUGCUGCCAGUCCUAGCAACACGGACCCGUUUGCAAGCGUCACUCCCACAACGCCAUCAGCAGCUUCGAUGCUGUCUUUAACGCCAAGAGAUGUCACCGUCUCGUCAUCGACGCCACCAGCGCCUGCAGGUGACGACACAUACGAUGAGGAUGAGAUUGCCAAUGCCAUUGCCCGCUCGUUGCAAGAUCAGUAA